GCGAAGGCGGCGGCGCCUGCGAGGGAGGGCGGGCCGAGGUCAGCUGCUGCGGGCGGGUCGGCUGUCGCGUCUCCUGCCGCCGCCCUCCCUCCGCCACGAUGCCGGGGAUCGACAAGCUGCCUAUCGAGGAGACGCUGGAGGACAGCCCGCAGACAAGGUCUUUACUGGGUGUAUUUGAAGAAGAUGCUGCAGCUAUUUCUAACUAUAUGAACCAGUUGUAUCAAGCUAUGCAUCGGAUUUAUGAUGCCCAGAAUGAAUUAAGUGCAGCAACACACCUGACUUCAAAACUUCUAAAAGAAUAUGAAAAACAGCGUUUUCCACUGGGAGGUGAUGAUGAAGUUAUGAGCUCUACUUUGCAACAGUUUUCAAAAGUCAUAGAUGAGCUUAGCUCUUGUCAUGCGGUACUUUCAACUCAGCUUGCUGAUGCCAUGAUGUUCCCCAUUACCCAGUUUAAAGAAAGAGAUCUGAAAGAAAUACUCACAUUGAAGGAAGUGUUUCAAAUUUCUAGUAAUGAUCAUGAUGCUGCCAUUAACAGAUACAGCCGAUUGUCAAAAAAGAGAGAAAAUGACAAGGUGAAGUAUGAAGUAACGGAAGAUGUGUAUACUUCCAGAAAAAAACAACAUCAGACCAUGAUGCAUUAUUUUUGUGCAUUAAAUACUCUUCAAUACAAGAAGAAAAUAGCAUUAUUAGAACCGCUACUUGGGUACAUGCAAGCUCAGAUAAGUUUCUUUAAGAUGGGUUCAGAAAAUCUCCAUGAACAACUGGAAGAAUUUUUAACUAAUAUUGGAACAAGUGUACAGAAUGUUCGCAGGGAAAUGGACAGUGACAUAGAGACCAUGCAGCAGACCAUAGAGGAUUUAGAAGUAGCCAGUGACCCGUUAUAUGUGCCUGACCCAGACCCCACCAAAUUUCCUGUUAAUCGAAACUUAACUCGAAAGGCUGGAUACCUUAAUGCUAGAAAUAAAACAGGCUUGGUGUCAUCUUCCUGGGACAGACAGUUUUACUUCACGCAGGGUGGAAAUUUAAUGACUCAGGCCCGAGGAGAGGUAGCAGGAGGCUUGGCCAUGGACAUAGACAACUGUUCAGUGAUGGCUGUAGACUGUGAAGACAGGCGAUACUGUUUUCAGAUCACCUCUUUUGAUGGAAAAAAAUCUUCAAUUCUGCAAGCAGAGAGUAAAAAAGAUCAUGAAGAGUGGAUCUGUACAAUAAAUAACAUAUCUAAGCAAAUAUAUUUAAGUGAAAAUCCAGAGGAAAUUGCUGCACGAGUAAAUCAAUCUGCUUUGGAAGCGGUCACUCCUUCCCCGUCGUUCCAACAGAGACACGAGAGCCUACGACCAGCAGGACAAUCUCGGCCACCAACAGCACGAACCAGCAGUUCGGGAUCCUUAGGAUCUGAGUCCACAAGUUUGGCUGCUCUCUCUCUAGAUUCCCUUGUUGCCCCAGACACUCCAAUACAAUUUGACAUCAUUUCUCCUGUGUGUGAAGAUCAGCCUGGCCAGGUGAAAGCCUCUGGCCAGGGAGGCAGGCGUACAAAUCCGUUUGGAGAAUCUGGAGGAGGUAGAAAAUCUGAAGCUGAAGAUUCUAUUCUUCAUCAGUUAUUUAUUGUCCGGUUCCUUGGUUCUAUGGAGGUGAAAUCAGAUGACAAUCCAGAUGUUGUUUAUGAAACAAUGCGCCAGAUCUUAGCUGCUCGAGCCAUACAUAACAUCUUUCGUAUGACAGAAUCACAUUUAUUAGUCACUUGUGACUGUUUAAAGUUAAUUGAUCCACAGACACAAGUUACAAGACUCACGUUUCCAUUACCCAGUGUAGUUUUGUAUGCUACACACCAGGAAAAUAAGCGGCUUUUUGGAUUUGUGCUUCGGACAUCAGGAGGGAGAAGUGAGAGUAAUCUGUCAUCAGUCUGCUAUAUAUUUGAAUCUAACAAUGAGGGGGAGAAGAUUUGUGAUUCUGUUGGACUAGCAAAACAGAUAGCUUUGCAUGCUGAACUGGAUCGUAGGGCAUCAGAAAAACAAAAAGAAAUAGAGAGAGUAAAAGAGAAACAACAGAAAGAACUCAGUAAACAAAAACAAAUUGAAAAGGACUUAGAAGAACAAAGUCGGUUGAUAGCUGCUUCCAGUAGACCAAACCAAGCCGGUAGUGAAGGGCAGUUUGUUGUCCUGAGCAGUAGCCAGUCAGAAGAGAGUGAUUUGGGAGAAGAAGGAAAGAAGAGAGAGUCAGAAGCAUAAACUUAUCCUUGAUUUUUUGGUUGUUAAUUACUCUUCUCGUCCCCCUGGAAUUUGUUGACAAUUUCUGUGGUGAAAUGGCACAGGGUAACAACUAUGUUGAAAUAUCAAGGAGGAGACUAAGUUUUGUAUAUGCUUGUUGCUUUUAGCUUUAUUUUUAAAAAUAAGAUUGAACUUGUGAUUUAGGUUUGCAUUGCUUUUUUUUUUCUUAAAAUAACAUACUAUGCAGUAACAUGAAAUUCCACAUGUCUAAAAAGAAACCUGCUCAUCUCCCUGAAGUAGACUGCUGAGGUAUAACUUGCUCAAGACUUUUUUCCUUCAAAUUGUGAACUUUUUAUCUUGCUUUGUAAUUCGCUGUCAACAUAAGAAGUCAUUUAUUCUUCUGCUUCAGAACUUUGUGGGUAUGCUUGUUUCAUUAAGAACAUUUUGUUGGCAGUGAGGAAUUUUUGGACUGAAUAGGUUUAAACCUUGUACGUAGAGAAUUCCAUAAGUUUCAAAUAUUUUAACAAUAGUAAAUGUGCAAUAGAACUUAUAUCAAAUGAUUAGAGAUUUUAGACUUAAGGUUACAAAUUGUGACAGGUAAUACUGUUGAUUUAAGGGCACUUGGAUUGUGGGAAAGAAGCUUAAGUAUCUUCAGUUCAAGAUGGAUACGGCCCUUGGCAUUUUGUUAUCACAUUCUUAGUUCUCAGGAUGGGACUUGAAUUAUUGCUGCAGAGCAGUAAUGGUGAAAAUAAGAUUUUGGGAUUUAUUAAAAGGGAUCUUUUUAUUUUUUCAGAUACAUUUUAGAUUAGGAGUUAGAGGUAAAGAUAUUGUUAUAGGAUGAUAUAUAGUAUUUUCUGUGUUGUGUGAAAUAAUUUUUCUUUAGUCAAGAGGCAUUUCAAAAGAAGUUCUACAAAAUUGUUUCCUGCUUAAAGAAAAAAAUGUAAUCUUUUAAAUUUCAUACUGAUACUCCCAGUAUUUUCAUAAUCCCAUAUUUUGAUAAAAUACUGAAUCAUCACUUUAUAUCCACAAAGGCAAAUAACUAAUGUAUGAAAAUGGACUAAUUUGCACUAACUAUUGUAAAUAUGUCUCUUUAAGGAAGGAUUUUAGCCUGGUACCAAGGUUAAAAGGACUUCUCCCUACUGCCUUUAUCUUUUGUGUCAAAACUUGAUUUUAUUUUAAUCAGAUUUUUAACAUUGCUGAUAGAAACUAUGUUCAUGUGUUUUACCUUUUAACAUUGCUGAUAGAAACUAUGUUCAUGUGUUUUACCUGAAAAAGUAUAUGUAGACAAGUUAAAUACACUGAGUAAAGUAUUUUACAAAAACAUUUACAAAAUUUUCAAGAGGUUAGCCACUCGAGUAAUUUCACAAGGGGGAAACCCUUUUGUUCUUUGAUAUGUAGUUUUUUCUUCUUAGUUCUGAAUUUAAAAUGGCAUCUAUUUUAGUUCUCACAAUAUAGCCUGGCUGUUUUACACUGUGUAUGUACACUAUUUUCUGCAGGAAUUGGAUAGAUAAUUAAGAUCAUGAUAUUCUUUUAAUCCAUGUGCCAAAUGGAAGUAAUGAUAACUCAGUACUCUGAAAACACAUAGUAAAAAAGAUGGAUAUUUAUGGAAUACUUUUUCAAAAAAAGAAAAUUUAUGUUAUUACUAAAGGGAAUGUGUUCACAAUAGUUUGUGUAUCGUUUCUUUCAUUGAAAUUUAUUCUGUGGUAUUUGAUUAGUCAUAGCAAGUCUUGCUGCCUUUAAGACCUUUUUGAGAGAUUAUACUUUAGGUUGUUACCUCACUAGUUCAGAUGCAAUCUGUCAACAUCAGGAGGUGGUUUUACUUAGGCUGGUGCUUUGCAUGGUAAUGAAGUCCUAACUUGUUUUAACAGUCUGGGUCAAAGUGUAGGCUAGAGUUAAGGGUACUGACAGCCUGUCUGACAUCCUUAAGUCUUGUACUUCCUUUUAUUUAAGUCAUGUGUUCAUAGGAAUUUCCCCAAUGAUACACCCAUGCCCAAAGGUCAGACCAAAGCACAUUCCAAUGCCAAAUAGAAGUCAUGUGGAUUUAAUGAUUUUAGAUGAUUCAAUUUCUGUACUAUUCCAUUAAUGCAGACAUUUAAGCAUCAACUUAAUUAAAUUCUCAUUUUGCUUAAAGAAGGCUACUCAUGGGUUUCUGUCUGAUCACAGUGUCUUAUCCUCUUUGUAAUCCCAUCUAACUCUGAGACAAUUUGGUAACCAUGGGAUUAGAUUUGGGUUUAUUUUUCUCAGAUUCCGAUUUAUACUUAAAAAAAAAAAUUAAGACAUUACCAAAACUGCUUCUUUAAAAGGAAAGAAAUUAACCAUGCCGCAUUCUGCUACCUAUGUGAACGGUACUUUUGUAACUAUGGUAAUGAAGCUUGUAGGUAGGAAACCAGUUAGUCCUCCUCCCUUUUUAAACUAUACAAAGUUGUUAACAAGGGACUGAAACUGUUACCUUGACAGAGUUCCUAAAGCCAGUCUAGUUUUUGUCAUGUCUUCAAUGAUUACUUUGUAUUUAAUUUCAGGAAUUCUCAGGCUCCACAAUCUAGGGCUGAUAAAUUCAUGUUACAUUUCUGCUUGGGAAAAGGAUAGUAGGAUGCAUGUAACAUCCUACAUCACAUAUAAUCUUAGGUGGUAAAGGCAUCUGAGUUAGUUAUAUCUAGGAACCACCAGUAUUUAAAAUUUGUAUCUUAUAAAUGCUGACAGAUCCUUAGAGCUAGUGCGUUGCAAAACCUCUGCCACCUGAAUAAACUGAAAAUUUUUGUUGGUUUGACAACAACCUCCUAGCAUUCAAACUGUACUUCAAAUAUUCAAAUAAACCCACUAUAGCAAGCCCUUUAUUUUUAGCAUGUUUAGCUUACUCUUCUUUUGUGAGAUUUUAUUCCUCUAAGUUAAUGAUAAUACAUAAAGAUUUGAAACUGGAACCAUAUUAUACUUUUAAACCAAUCUAUUCACUUAACAUGAGAGCUGGGCAUUAAGUUAUAAUUAAUGUGCAAAAACUGCUUAGUAUAUUUAGUGAUUCAGUAAUGUAAGUGAACUGGCUAAUUCUUAUAUCACUGAUACUGUUCAUCAUGUGAAAUAUAAUUAAAAAUCAUGCAACAUUUCCUUUAGAAUUAGAUUUAUUUGAAGAACUUAUUUUUUUUUGUGAUGGGCCAUACAUAUGGGGGCAGAGGACUUAUUUUUUUCAUUUUGUCAAAAUAGGUAUUUACUGACAAGGCUUCAAGAAAUGUAGUGUUAGAAGAUUUUUUAAUGUAUAAUAAAAUCUAUGAUUUUUGUACAGUCUUUUUUGUAUGAGGUAUUCGAUAUAUACUCUGAAUUGUAUUUCCCCAUGUAAUUUCAAAUGAUGUUUGUAAACAAUUGGACUUUUUCCUAAUAUGUUGGGAUACUGUAAUUACACAACUAGCGCAAAACAGCUAAAAUUUUAAAGAAGUCACUUAUUGGCAAAAGUUUGUUAUAGAAGCAAACUAAUUAAUCACUAGCAAUAUUUUGUUUUCUUUUAGCAAAUGGAAGAGAUUUUUCAGUAAUCACCCUAAAAUUUGUUACAGACAGUGUGUACUUGCUGUUUGCGCCUACUCAAAAGAAUUCACAUAACUUAAAGGGGAAGUCAUUGUGUAUAUCAGCUUAUAUGGCUUGGACAUAUAGUUUUAAUAUAAUGCAUAUUCAUCCCGUGUGCUCUUUAUACUUUCUUACAGCAGUUACCAAGUCCUUUGCUUCUACUGGGAGUUUGUGUUAUAAUUUGUUCUGAAUUUUAUAAAGUUUAUAUACUUUUAGAAGGUCCAGGGAAUGGGUGAAAUGAACUUUAGAAUUAUCAAAUUUAUCUGACAGAGGUGCAUGUAUAGCCUAUAUAUUUGUAUAUUGACUUACAUAUAAUCUACCACUCACUUAAAAACAAAUGCCACAAUUUGAUUAAAAAAAAUAAAAACUAUUCAUGCCAGCUAGUUUUACAAA